GGAUGGGCAGGACGAGGGAAAGGGAAUCAGACACCGAGUGUUGAGUCCAGCGAGCCGCGGCCGCCGUGAGUGAAUCGACGUCGGCGAGAGCUCAGAGAGCGAGGCCGUCGAUCGGCUGCCUUCAUAUUCUCUUGCGUUGCCCCUUCGACUCAGUGACACCGACGAUGCCAGUGGGCAAAAUUCUCACCUUUUCUCGGCGCUUCUGAUUCCUCCUGCCCCCCCCCCCCCCACCAACUUUACCACCACCACCGUGUGUGUGUUAUUUCACUCACUCUCCCCCCCCCCCCUUCCUCUCUCCUUGAGGUUUUCUUCAAUUUUUUCCCCCUCCCCACUUGCGUUAUGUCUUGAUAAUUUAAUGGGGCUUCUAAGAAUUAUCAUGCCGCCCAAAUUGCAGCUUCUAGCGGUUGUGGCUUUUAUGAUCGCGAUGUUGUUCCUGGAGAACCAGAUCCAGAAGCUGGAGGAAUCUCGGGGAAAACUGGAAAGAGCAAUUGCAAGACAUGAAGUCAGAGAAAUUGAACAGCGCCACACAAUGGACAACCCGAGGCAAGAUCUAGGAGGAGAAGAGCUGGAUGACAUCAUCAUCCUUUACAAUCGUGUACCUAAGACUGCCAGCACUUCUUUCACAAACAUUGCUUAUGACCUGUGUGCAAAAAACAAGUACCAUGUCCUGCAUAUCAACACAACCAAAAACAAUCCUGUGAUGUCUUUGCAAGAUCAAGCACGAUUUGUGAAAAACGUUACUACUUGGAAAGAGAUGAAACCAGGAUUUUAUCAUGGGCAUGUGGCAUAUCUGGACUUCACCAAAUACGGUGUGAAAAAGAAACCCAUUUACGUAAAUGUAAUUCGAGAUCCAAUUGAGCGACUGGUGUCAUACUAUUACUUUCUGCGUUUUGGUGACGACUACAGGCCUGGACUAAAGAGAAGGAAACAGGGAGAUAAAAAGACAUUUGAUGAAUGUGUUGCAGCUGGUGGGUCAGACUGUGCUCCAGAGAAACUUUGGCUUCAGAUUCCUUUCUUUUGUGGCCACAGCUCAGAAUGUUGGAAUGUUGGAAGCAAAUGGGCUUUGGAGCAAGCCAAAUACAACCUGGUUAAUGAGUAUCUCCUUGUCGGGAUAACUGAGGAAUUGGAAGACUUUAUAAUGCUCCUGGAGGCAGCAUUGCCACGCUUCUUUAGAGGAGCAACAGAACUAUAUCGUACAGGAAAGAAAUCUCAUCUUAGAAAAACAACAGAGAAGAAGCUGCCUACUAAAGAAACCAUUGCUAGACUGCAGCUGUCUGAGAUCUGGAAAAUGGAAAACGAGUUCUACGAGUUUGCUCUGGAACAGUUUCAGUUCAUUCGAGCUCACGCAGUGAGAGAAAAGGAUGGCGAACUUUACCUCCUUAGCAAGAGCUUUUUCUAUGAAAAAAUCUAUCCUAAAACAAACUAAGAACAGUUUUCACUACAGUGACCUGAAGAACUGCAUCAAAAAAAGUCUUUCUGCUGAAUCAGUUGCUACCUUGAACAGUCCAAUGAAUUUUUUUUCCAAUAAAAGCAGAAAAGGAAUCUUAUUCUGCAGUUUGUAUCAAAUCUGCCAUGAGCCACUUCCAUCUGUAAAGAUUUUAGGAACAAGCAUUAGAUGCAUUGACGGACAAAUGAGCAAAGAUAUCCAUUUACACAAACAGUGCACCAAUUGUGUAGAUGGCGUUCUGUCGUUAUUACUAAUCAGAUCGUGCUAUGUUUUAGGGACUCCUGUGUCUUGUAAACUUUUACCUGUAGAACUAUUUUUUACUAGGGUGCUUUCUAAAGUGUUUCAAAGUAUUGUAAUUUCAGAGUAAGAAAAAAGACAAAAUGCUGUACAUAUUGCACAUUUUAUGUGUUUGGACCAAAAGGUUACAAAAGAAAGUUUGAAGUAUUUAUUUCACACCAAUUUUAUUACAGGUGGUGUAUUUGAACACGUCACAUUCAACAUACCGUACACCCUUUUGUUAGGUACUUUGUGUCAUUUUAGAUUUGUAGGCUAAAAUUUCCUCAGUUGUUUGUAUCUUGGAGAAUAAUAUAACAAAAGGCAAACCAGCUCAGAGACCUGGAAGUUACAGAGAUGCCGUCUUUGAGAGAGUGCUAUGUAGCAAUUAUGGCUGCAUAGACCAAUUAGGAAGUAACAUUUUUAAACAAAUAACGAUGUUUGCCCAAUGGAGGGUGAUAUUCAGAGUGUUAAUUAAUCUCAUCAUUGCCUAAUUUCCCUUCUGGUUGAGUCAGUGUUAGUAGGUUUUCAUUGUUAUUUCCAACCCCAAUUUAAAAAGAUAUAAAUAGAGUAGUGUAUUGCAUUUCUAAAUGUACUUUUCUCGCAAAUGAAAUGAUUUACCCUAUAGGCUUGCUAUGUUUUCAGUGAGGGUAUUGCACUGCUGAAUUUCACACAGGAGAGAUUUCCUUGUAUUCCAUCUCUCAACUGCAUGCUAAGAAUUGAGAAAAUCUGCCCCAACCCCUGCACCUUGCGAGAUCCAUGGUUGAGGAACUUUUUUGCAGAUCCGUCACUGGUUCCUGUACCUUGUCUUUUGCCUCCAUUGAAAAUUUGCCAGCUUCCAAAGUGAAUGAACCUAUAUUUAAAAAUAUGUGACUUACUGGGCUUCAUUUUCCGCUGGGCGGUAAAGCCAUUGGAGGUUGUGAAGUUAGGACACCCACUCACUUCUCCAUCCCUGCUGUUACCUAACCCAUUUUUCUCAUUUGGGGUCUGUUAUGUAUACAGAUAGAUGUAUGGGCUCUCAGCAAUAUUGGAAGUUUACCGCUUUAUAUCAGAAAAUCAUGUGCAGCAGUGGAACACUCGCUGCAGCAGCAGAAAAAGUAACAGCAAUAGUUAAAAGGGGACAGAUGUUCCCGAACCUAUCAUUGAAUCUUAAAGCACGGAUUGAAGUACAAUUUCAUUAAACUGCUCUUGAAUGAGCUCACACCAAACCUGCUAGCUGUGGGAGGGCAGAGUUUUGGAAGUGGUGGCCACAUCCACACCACUCCCUCCUUUGAAGACUUUGGUGGUCAUCUUGCACUCCUGGCUGAGUACUUUCAUGGAAUCAUAGAAAAUUUCCGGCACAGAAAGAAGCCACUUGGCCCGUGUCUGCGUCAGCAAUGUCAGCUGUAAGCCAUGUUGUUUCUGUGGGAUGGCGAGACAGAGACAGGAAAAUUGGCUGAUUUCCCUAACCACCCUGUUAUGCUAUCAUUUAAAUGGCUGAGAAGCUGAGAUACCUGGUAUGGAGGGACGAUGAAAAUAUGAGGCCCAAAUGAAGGGCGUGGAAUCGACAGUAGAUAAAUUGAGCUGAUAAUCAGACAUCUUUUGGAGGUUGAUGUAGAAGAAGCAAAAUGAUACUUUUCAUAUUCCCAGGAUUGUAUACUUGAAAUUCUCAUUACUGUGAAUGCUCUCCUGUGUAUUCAGCUAAGGGUCACGUGUUGAAUUUCAUACUCCUUUUUUGUACUAUCUCUGAUGUGGAACUGCUGAUGACCUAUGAGGAGCUGUAAUCCCUGCACACUGACAACAAUGGGGAGGGGUGGGGCAUUCAACAUUAACCACUAUAAAAUAUGUUUCAUAAAUUUAUUGCAUACAGUAGCUGGUUUGGGGAUUCUCAAUAUUUGGUGUUAGAAGAUUUUUAAGCUUUUAGAUGUUUGCUGUAUAUUUAGAAGUGGAGUUAAAUUUAUGUUCCAAUGUAUAAAUGAUGUUAUUCCCAUCAUUGUUUCUCAUCAUGCGAGGAGCACAACAUUGGUGCUGAAGGCAUGAAAUAUAUAAGAUACAGAAUGUAAAUACUGGGAAAACAUGGAUUGUGCUCUAUAUAACUGUUUAAAACACAAGCAGCUGAAUAGUGCCUUCCUUAUCACAAUCCAUGUUGUAAAAAAAGUGUACAUUUUGAAUUCAUUUGUGCAUUGUAAACAACACCAGUGUCUCGACACAUUGUGUAGAAUCAGUUAGAGAUGAUUCUUCUGUUUUCUCCUUAACUUUUUUGUUUGUAGCUUUUCAGUUUUCCUGAUGCAAAUGCUCCCCAAUAAAUAAUACUAUACAAA